UCAUAUCAUGUCUACAAAAAUCUUGAACCAUCUAUAUUUACUAAAAAUCUUGAACUGUCUAUAUCUACUAAAAAUCUUGAAUUUUUACAAAAUCCUCUAUCUAUUUAUGAUGUGCUUUCCUUUCUGGAUAGAGAUUUUUUAGAUGAUAGUGGUAGUAAUGAAACUAGUACAGAAAAGCCAGAUGAUCGCAUUUUUGCUAAACGGCAUAAACAAAUUACCUGUAAAUUGUAUGAUUCUAAGUAUAGAAAUAGAAGUAGUAUUAGUACAAUUAAACGGCAUUUCGAAAGUAAUCAUAAAUCAGUAUAUCAGAAAUAUCAAAAUUUGUCACCACCCCAGAUUGAACAUUAUGGUUCUUGUGACGAAAAAAAAGGAUUUUGUGUUGUUGAAGAUAAGGAUUUUUGGGUAUUUAUCUUUGAACUCGAUCCUUGUUACAAACUCCCUUCAAGACAAACGAUUUCAGUCUAUAUUUGGUGUAUAUAUGAACGUGAACGUGAAGAAUUAU